GAGAUGUGCUGGAUAUCAAAAAAUAUUUCGAUUUUUUUCACCGAGAGAUGUUGACUAUUAGACGAAUGUCAAGUGUAUACUAUUGUGUAUAUGUGCAUACUAUUAUCGAAAUAUUUAUAAAUAAAAGAAAGAUAUAUUAAUAAAUCAUUUAUUUCUCUGGUAACAUGUCGAACGUAUUGAUAUAUACUACAUAUCACAUUUCUGUUUUUUAUUCAUACUAACUGAAAAAGAAAAACGAUUUGCUCUAUAUAGUUUAUGAUUUUCUAUAGAUUCUGCUAAACUACUUCCCACCUGUUUCGUCUCAUUUCAUUCUUUAUUUCACUAUUUUUCCCUUUACAAAGCUGAACAAUUACAAAAAUCGUUAUGUAUGAGAUAAAUAUCAAUUUUCAGAUAUAUGUAUACUGAGAUUAUAUCCUUUGAAUUUUUAUUUUUGUUGAAUAUAAAAAACGAUCUCAUUGGUUCCGCAAACCAACCUUAUAAUGUUAUACUUGAUACGCUGUAACGGUUGGUACAUUCUAACCAGUAAUUUUAAAUGAUAUAUUGACAGUUUUUCAACUAGCACUUGUGUGGCCCAGUUGGCAUUCAACAAUAUAUCAGUUUUGGCUGAGAUGCUUCAGUAGAUAAACGGAAUCAAUGUGGUGUGCGUCGUUCGAUCAAAGUCAUAAAAGAAAGAUGAAUAGAUUGCUGGAUUUCGAAGAGCAGAAUCAAGACGCACCCAAUGAUACCCCUUUGCGCGGAUAUCAUUCGAGAUUUCGCAGAACCGAACUGCUGGAUAUUACAAAACCGAAUAUUCCACGGAAAUGGUUUCUGGCGUCUACCCUUCAAGCGGCUCUCGCGGAGAAUCAUGAGGAACAUAGCAGACAAAACUUUUCGGAAUCUUUGAAUGAUGCGAAAGUCAGGGCGCAUCCGUCCAUGCUGAGACAAACCUAUUCGGGGGACAGAUUUAUACCUUGCCGUCGCGGUUACAGUUUCGAAGCGGCCCACUGUUUGUUAAGGAAAGAAUCCGAGGACACGGAGGGCAGCAUUACGAUAGACGUUCAUAAACAGCUUGAUUUGCUGCAUGUUACGCAUCAACGCGAAGCUUGCCACGCGAUGAUGACAGAACAGGCUGUCAUACCGGGUUUAAAUCAAACCAAGAUUCUACACUAUAGCAAUUCAACGACGCAGUCUCAGAAUCCGCGGCGAUUCAAGAAGGUGGGAAACUGGAAGUGCACGCCGCGCAAAAAAACCUUGAUAGAAAGCAUAGAUAAAAUAUUGUGCAUAUCGGAUUCUACGGAAGGUGACAAUAUCGAUCUGGUCGAUUGGAGCUGCAAUGAUAUGAUAGGCGUCGGCAGUCGAAAUUGCGUGAGGGUAUGCAAUGAUAACGGCACGAUGUUGGCAACGUGGCAGGAUAAGGAUCGUCCCAGAGUCAUUAAAUGGAGCAACGACGGUAGUAAGCUGGCGGUAUGUACAAGUUUCAAGAUCAUAUUGUACAAUUUAGAGAGAAAAAAAUCCAUGUGGAACACCUCUUGUAAAUGUUUAAUAGCGACGACUCAUAACUACUGCGUUAUUCGUUGCAUCUGCUGGUCUUCUGGUGAUCGUCACAUCGUUACUGGAUGUCUGGGCUCGAUAUCAAUAUACGCAUCCGAUACGGGCAAGUUGAUUAGUACCAACAUGAGACACAUGGCUCGCAUCUCGACCCUAAAUUUUUCGCCAAAUUUCAAAUACCUUGUAUCGACCGCGCAGGACAAAACCGUCGGAGUGUUUAUCUGGCCAGAUUUAACCCCUUGUUACCACAUCAAAUUUCCCAAAAACAUAAAGGCGAUCGCCUGGCAUCCGCAGGUGUCUAACACGCUUUGUAUAGGCGACGGCCAUAACGGAUCGUUGUCGUUAUGGGACAUCAACAAGAAGGUAAUGACAGCCAAUGUCUGCGUCAAAUCUCACGGACUUCGCGUGGAAAACUUCGCUUGGAACAAGUUAAGCGGUGAGUUGGUCGUACAUUGGACCUACAGGGUAGGGGACAAACGAUACACGAUAGUUCCGGUGCUCGCCAAUUUCGAUCGAAUCGUAGAUGCACUGCCACUAGCAAGUAAAGAGGCGCAUAUAUCCUUUUUGAAAUUCAACGCCACGCACGAAGAGCUGAUAACAUACGGUAACGACGUCUUUUCGAUAUGGAAAUUUUUUGGCAACGAGAAAUUUCAGUACGGACGACAAGUACCUCUCUAUAACUCGACACGACGGAGGCAAGGAGUUCUCGUCCAUAAUCCAAUUCGAUAAUUAUAUAUUUGUCUUAUAUAAUAGAGUAAUAAGCUUUAAGAUUCGUGAGAUAUUAGUAUUAAACUGAUUUGUUUUACAAUUUUUUUGCGCAGAAGUUAUCCGUUUUAGAUACAUAUAUGAAAAAAAUGCCAGUAUUUCGUAACUCCAAACAUCACAUUUUAAAGUGUAUAAGGAAAGGUGGCGUUUUACUCCACACAUUGAUUAAACUUUUCAAACAUUUAACUCUUAUAUUACCAGAUAAUGUGAUUUAUGCGAAAAAUAUUAUCUUUAUGAUUUACGGUAUCAGCAGUAUUACAUAAAUGAAAAUUUAUCGAAUACCUUAAGAUCAGAUAAGUUCGCGUAAAAUUACGAACGAGUAUCGAAGAUCAAGUAUAAAAAAAAAUGUCUUCCAGUAACUGACCAUUCCUGUUACAAUUAACGCAACAUACAGCGCGGAUAAUUUCCCAGUUCAUUAAAAUUAAUGGCGCUAAAAUUCAUUUAGAUUGAUUUAGCGUUCGAUUUAGCAACACUCGUAAAUAAAUAACUUAUCUCGCAGUAUAUCGGUAAAGCUCCUGCGCCAAGAAUUUAAGUUACCAUCGAUAUGCAAAAAAAAAAAAAAAAAGCUGAGCUGGAAUGUAACCGUCUGGUUUCCCCUGGCCAAUCUUUCGAAUUUUACAAGUGGGGCAAUGAUACAGUUAUAUUAGAAUAUAUUACAUGCAAUAAAUUACAUAUAAUAUGAUAUCAAUUU